UUCCAGCUACAAGCAACUGAAAUCUGAAAAACAUGUCCUCAAUGGACUCGUUGGGUUCCAUGAUGAAUGAUUCAUACUUCUGGAUCAAAGACAGCGCCUUUGAUUCUUUCACUUUCUUGUUUCCUUCAUGAGACAUCUUCAAGGAUUCAAAUAUGCCCUUUGCAAACUCACGAUCUGUAAUCUUCUGGUACUCUUCAUAGGAAAUAGCACUAAGAAGAAUAACUCUUCUUGCCAUCUGCAUCAACUGGACGCUCAUAGUCAUCCACAAUGAUAUCCCAGAGAUCUACAUCGAAACCCAGAAAGAAACUUUCUAUUCUGUCUUUCCAAUAUUCGAACCUUUGACCAUCGAACAUGGGAGGCUUUGCAUUGUAGCCAUCUUUUUGAGUUUCACUGGUGGUAGCCAUUUGUUUUUCACACCGCCCGGAUCACUGAACACUGUUAGGUGUGGUAAUCAGAACUUGCGCUCUGAUACCAAUUGAAGGUAUGAAAAACGGUAGAAAGAGGGGGGGUUUGAAUAACGUUUUCAAAAUAAAACUUCCACCUUAAGAUUUUGACAAAUCUUUCGAGAACAAAUAAGGUGCUUAAGAUAAGGGAAUAGAAAAGCACACAAGGAUUUUAUCCUGGUUCACUUGAUGAAUCACUCAAGCUAAUCCAGUCCACCCGUUAAGGUGAUUUCUUCCUUCUUAGAAUGAAGGCAAUCCACUAAUCAGGUAUAUGUUACAACUGCACUUGAAACCUACAAGUGACUAACAAUACACUGACUUAGCUCACACUAAGAUUCACUCUCUUAGUCUUCUCUAGGAUCCGAUCAACCUUGAUCUCCUAAAGGUAAACUAAACAACUGUUUAAGAAUGAAUGUUUACAAAGAAAAUGCUUCUGAAAAGCUUGUAGUAAACACAAUGAAUUCAAGAUGAAAGAAUGCUUAGAAAGUUUGAAUAUAGCUUGCGCGUAUGAGAUUCUUCCAACCGCAUCUUUCAAUCUUCAGCCUCUAUUUAUACUCCAAGGAUUAGGGUUUGAACGCUGCAUGGGAAUGCUACCGUUGGAGGGCAGUUCUGGAAAUUCCAGCUUCUGCUGUGGCUGAGAAUGUUAGGUAGGUCGUCAGGAUAGUACAUUUGCUUUUGUACCUUGGAUAGUGACUUGACCUUUAACCUAGUAGACUUCUGAUCAGAGGAGAGCUUUGUGUUGGAACUUGUGAAGCUCGUUGAUCAGAGUCAGAGGGAAGCAUGGAUCUUCUGACUGUUGUAUCUUCUGAUCCUGAACUCAGAGCGAAGUACUUGAUCUUCAGAGCCAUCUUGCUUAUUGACUUCAGAGUCUCCACUUUUCAGCUUCUGGAUCUUCAGAGUCUUCUACACCAUCAGAACAUCUGAACCUUCAGAGUGUCUGGGUUGUUAGAACGUCUGGAUCUUCAGAGCUUCAAGUGAGCUGAGUCCUUAUCAGAGCUUGAUAUACUUCAGAUCUUCUGAAGCUUUUCUACUGUUCAGACUGAACAUAGAGAUUGCGAAAGCGUUGCUUGGGACACUCUUUAAGCACAGUGCUUCUGAUUAGUGUGAGAUUGGAUUAAGGUUAGAGCCUGUAAGAGCACACUCAGAAAAACACGUUAGAGUAUCAAAAUUGUUCAUACUAAAAUGUUAACUUGUAAUCAUCAAAACAUAGAGUUGUACUACUCGAUCAAAACUUGAUCUUACAGCGCCAUGGCCCUUGCCACGUUGUACGACCAGCUUGGGCAGUCCUCGCGUAGCGGGGUCAAACAGAUGGGCGGUUACACGUCCCUGUUGUUGGCUUGGGUCUUCGAGCACUUCCCAGACAGGCUUAUUCGCCGGUAUGCGAGCCUGAAUUACACAGAGGACCAGCCCAGAGCUUGUAGGUGGAUGGAGUCACGGUCGGGGCAUGCUAGGCUGGACGAGAGGCGAGUACUACUUGAUGAGUUGACGGAAGACGACGUCAUUUGGACUCCAUAUGAGGCUCACAGGGAAUGGCGACAGCGGGAUGAGAGGAUUUUGUUCUCAGGCUACAUUCGGUGUCCAUAUCCCCUUGCUGUGCGACCUCAUCUUCCGGAGCGGGUCAUGCGACAGUUUGGGUAUAUACAUACGAUCUCGCGCCACCCUAGUGUGAUAGAUAGAUCUUCCGCAGCUGAGGCUGUUGAUGCGACAUUCGCAGAUUAUGUGCCGUACUUGUUCCCUGAGAGCGACCCUGUUAUAGAGGAGGGACAUGCGGUGGGCGGUUAUAUGGAUUGGUACGCCAGAGUGUCUCAUUGUUUCAUCAUACCGGAUGAGAGGAGGAUUGAUCUCAGUGCAGUGGCUGCUUUGCGUAGGGCUUUAGAAGUCCUAGAGCUGUCAUUUGAGGUGGAUGAUGCUUUGCUGCCAUGCACACAGGCCCGCGCUUUAACUGAGAGAGCACUUCGCAUCCUCCAGGACUUGGCUGGGACACAGGGCAUUGCUUACGCUGCUGGGAGAUGAGGUAUGGGAGCAGGUGGCCGAGCAGGUGGCCGGGAGGGAGGCAGGGCAGGACCUAGGGGAGGCCGUAGGGGUAGGGGAGGUCGUCGGGGUAGGGGACAUUAGUUGUAUGAGCUAUGUAUUUUGUUGACUAUGUAUUUUGCACUACUUUAUUAGCGAAGACUAUGUAUUUUGCACCGCUAUUUUGUUGACUACUAUUUCGCACCGCUAUUUCGUAAUUUG